AGUUUCAGUCAGAAUUCAAGCCUGGUGAGACACCAGAGGACUCACACAAGAGAAAAACCCUAUGAGUGUCCAGAGUGUGGGAAAAGUUUCAGUCGGAAUUCCAGCCUGGUGACACACCGGAGGACUCACACAGGAGAAAAACCCUAUGAGUGUCCAGAGUGUGGGAAAAGUUUCAGUCGGAAUUCCAGCCUGGUGACACACCAGAGGACUCACACAGGAGAGAAACCCUAUGAGUGUUCAGAUUGUGGGAAAGAUUUUUCUUCGAAAUAUGCCCUGGUGAACCAUCAGUGGACUCACACAGGAGAGAAACCAUAUAAAUGUCAUUGUGGGAAAAGUUUUAGUCAGAAUUCCUACCUUGUUGAACACCAGAGGACUCACACAGGAGAGAAACCCUAUGAGUGUCCAGAUUGUGGGAAAGAUUUCUUUUGGAAAUCUGACCUGGUUAGACAUCAGAGGACUCACACAGGAGAG